CAUACAGCUUUCGGUGUGUUUUUCAGUUCAUUACUCUCUCAGUUUUCAUUUUAGAUUACCGCUCUCUCGCUCUCUCUCUCUCUCUCUCGGUUGUUUUCUUCAAUCAUUCAAACAAAUUCCCCAAGGUUUUGAGAUCAAUCUCAUGGAGGAUCGCAAGGAGAAAGUGGCUCCAUGGCUGAGUGUUCCACAAUUUGGAGAUUGGGAGCAAAAGAGAGAGGUGCCUGAUUAUUCGGUUGAUUUCUCAAAAAUAAGGGAAAAUAGGAAACAGCACAAAAGGGAUUUGUCAAGGGCAAGCAUUGGCAAUGAAGAGCAACUGAUGGCCUCAUCAGCCACCACCACCACCACCACCACCACCACCACAGACGCAUCUCAUUUUCAUGCUCAUGAGAAUCACCAAUUGAAUCAUUCAAACACCAACUCCCCAACGACAAGGAAGAGCAUACUAAGCUACUUCAACUGUUGUGUGAAAGCAUGAUCACAACCUCAAAGUUCACCAAUCUUGACUAAUGCUGUGUUGGUUUCUCUCAGGUUUUUUUGUUUUCACAUUUGGUUUGUGAGUUACUAUAUGAACAAGGAACUCCUUUAAUUGAAGCUAGAUAGAUAUAUAAUUCUUCUUUAUUUCUUGCUCCUAACCUACUUUUCACUGGAAAAAAUAGGAGAAAAAAA